CCCCGGCAGGUCUGGUUGAUCCGGCUCUGCUGUUGACGGUGUGAAGCCGGAUGAGGCGCACGUCGUCCGGGUGUAAACAGGAGGAAGCGGUGCAGGAAGUGUGGAGCGUGUGUCGGGGCUUCAGUCAUGAAGUGUGUGUCGGUGUGCGUGGUUCUGUCUCUGCUCUGUCACACAGACGGGGUCCACAUCAGAGACCCGAACCGGAACUCUUCAGAUGUGAGCGUGGAUCUGUCCGCGGUGAUCCGCCGGGUGGACCGGCGCUUUCUGUCCGUCACCAUCGAUGCGAGCCUGGCGUCGGAGGAGAAGUUCAUGUACCUGCUCAGCUCUCCGAAGAUAAGAACGCUGGCGAGAGCUUUGACUCCAGCUUUUCUCAGAUUUGGGGGGACCAGACAAGACUUCAUGGUGUUCACGCCUCAGAGGCGUCACACGGACUCAGGUGUCGGUGCAGCGUCCUGUGAUGAAGGUGAUCUGCCGUCGUGGCUCGAGGAGAAGCUGAAGAAGGACUGGACCCAACAACAACUGAUCCUGAUGAGAGAAGAUCUGCAGAGGAAGUACAGACGGGUCAAGUUCACAGAGUUCACUGUGGACCUGCUGCACUCCUUCACUAACUGUUCGGGGAUGGAUCUGAUCUUCGGGCUGAACGCUUUGCUCAGAACAGCUGACAACACCUGGAACAGCAGCAACGCCGGCUCGCUGCUGCAGUACUGCGAGUCCAGACGGUACAAGAUGGCCUGGGAGCUGGGCAACGAGCCGAACAGCUACGAGAAAAAGGCGGGAAUCCGCGUGGACGGAGCUCAGCUCGGACACGAUUUCACCCGUCUCAGAGAGAUGAUGACAGAAUCCAAAUUUUACCACGACGCCGGAUUGUACGGGCCGGACGUCGGUCAGCCACGAGAUCACCGGGCAGACAUACUGGAGGGCUUCCUGCAGACCGGAGCUGAGGCCGUGGACGCCUGCACCUGGCACCAUUAUUACGUGAACGGCAGAGACACGUCCUUGGAUGAUUUUCUCGAUCCCGACAUUCUCAACACUCUGGCUGUGAAGAUCGACAAAGUCCUUGAGGAAGUAAAGCUGGUGUCUCCUGGGAAGCCGGUGUGGCUGGGAGAGACGAGCUCGGCGUAUGGAGGAGGAGCUGUGGGGCUGUCGGACACGUUCGCAGCAGGAUUCAUGUGAGUUUAUACGAGUGGAGACAAACUGAAAGAAAGAAUUUAGGACAGAACAUCACAUUAACAUGAUGAAGAGCACACGGACUGUCAGGAGGUCCGAGUUUGGCAGGAGUCCUGUAUGGACCUAAUUAUGUUCACUGAUUACCCAGCAGCCCGG